AUGGGAAAUUGUUGUAAAUCAAGAGAAAAGGAAAAAAAAAAAGAUGCCUCAAAUGAAGUACAAGAAAAAUAAAAAAUUGAAUCAGAUAUUAAAUAAAGCUUCUAAGAUUAAUCUGAUAUUAUGAAAAAUAGCUAUUGUCUUUAGCCUUCUAUUUCAUAUUUUGAUGAUAAUCACAGCGAUUCAAUUCUGAAUCGUUCUGAUGAAGAAAUUUUGGAAAUAAAAUAAAUUAUUUGCAAAAAUAAAGCAAAACCUUAGAUAUAAAAGAAAAAUAUCCAACGUAAUUAUUCACCAAAAAGAGACCAAAAAUAAAAUGAAAGUGAAAUUAGAUUAUUCUCUUCUUAAAAAUUAAUUGAGGCAAAUAAAAUAUCAAAAAAUAAAUGGUAUCAUGAAAAAUAUCAUCUAAUUAAUAGAAAAAGGAUGAAUAAUAGAAUUAAUAGUAAUACAUUUGAAUAACAAUAAUAAAAUCUAUUAAAUACAUAUGAAUCAAAUCAAUAAAUUCUUUAAAAUACAUAUGAAUAUCAUUAAUAAAAUAUAUAAUUAAUAUAAGAAUAGCAACACUAAUAUGUAUAAAAUACAAAUGAAUAAAAUCAACAAAUUACAUAUGAAUAACAAAAAGAUAAUCUAUAAAUUGAUCUAGUAACAACUUAUAUGUCAGUAGAACCCUUUAAUGAAGAAGAUAAAGUUUAUUAAAGUGGAAGUGAAUGUAGUGAAUAUGACUUAUCAAGACCUUAGGAGAUAGAUUAUAUUUGUUAUUCUUGUCAAACAAAGAUUUCACAAAAUAUUUAUCAAAUUGAAUGUUUACAUCAUUAUCAUUAUAAUUGUUUAUUAGAAUUAAUUAUUUAAUAAAUUGAUGGUAAGAAAUUACAGGUUCAUUGCAGAUGUAAUUAACUCAUUCGAACUAAAUUACUUGCUAUUAUCUUAUAAUAGUAAAAUAAAAUGAAUGAUUAAGAUUAAAAUUAAGAUAUUAUGGAGAGAUAUUUUUAAAAUUAGUAUGAUUUUUUGACUUAAAAUUUAUAUUGA